UUGGUUAGAGAGUGAUGGGUGAGUAGGGGUGAGGUUUGAGUGACGAUGAGCGAGAGAGAGACUGGUAAAGAGAGAGAGAGAUGAAGAGAGAGCGCUUUACUGCAGUAUCACUACAUUUCUGCAUCACUCAUCAAAACUCUGCGGCAUGCGGACGAGAACGGCAGAUGCCGGGGUUGUACUGAGUGUAGUGUCAACAUUAACUGUAAUUAGAUACCCUAGCAAGGAGCUGCCAGAUGUUCAUCCUUCUUGCAAAGCAGCUCUUCAUUUGUGCGCUUGAUAGCGGUUUUCUGCUUUCUAUCGGAGUAAUUGGCACCCGUUAGUUUCCAGAACAACUAUGUAACAAGUUUUGCAGUGUAUGCCUACCUCACAGCUCGAUAUUUCACAUAUCACCCUAACGACUAUCUACAUUAGGCUAUAAAGCCCGGUUAUAAAAACAUCUAGAAAUGGCAAAAGAUGCCGAGAAGAGCACUUGGAGGGACACCAUAUGGAACCCCAGUACGCGGGAAUUUUGUGGCAGGACAGCGAGCAGCUGGGGCCUCAUCCUGCUCUUCUACCUAGUGUUCUACAUCUUCCUAGCAGGCAUGUUCUGCCUCACCAUGUAUGUCAUGCUGCAGACCUUGGAUGACCACAAACCCACCUGGCAAGACAGGCUUGGCACACCAGGCAUGAUGAUCAGACCCAGGGGAGACACCAUGGAGAUCAACACCCACAACACUGAGAGCUGGGACAUGUAUACCAAGACCCUGGACAAUUUCCUCUCCCCCUACAACAACUCUCUGCAGGCUGAGAAGAAUGACGAGUGCACACCGGACCAGUAUUUUAUUCAGGCAGACAGUGGUGAUGUGAAGAACAACCCCAAGCGCUCCUGCCAGUUCAACCGAACCCUUCUACAAGAAUGCUCUGGCCUCGAUGACCAUACUUAUGGAUACCAGGCUGGCAAGCCAUGCAUCAUCAUCAAGCUGAACCGGGUCAUUGGGAUGUUGCCAGGAAAGGAUGGCCAGGCUCCAUUUGUCACUUGUGGAGCGAAGAAAGAAGACUCUGAUAAGAUUGGAGAGGUGGCGUACUACCCUAAAAAUGGCAUCUUCAACCUCAUGUACUACCCUUACUAUGGCAAGAAAGCUCAGGUGAACUACUCCCAGCCUCUGGUUGCCAUUAAGUUCCUCAACAUCACCCUCAAUGAAGACAUCAACAUUGAGUGCAGGAUCAUCUCCAACAACAUUCCUCCUGGGAGUGAAAGAGACAAGUUUGCUGGAAAAGUGUCUUUCAAACUGAGGAUCAACACUAAACAAUAGAUGCACUUUCUCUUUCUCUCACUAACAUGUCCACCCACCUCUUCAUUCUGUGCACAGGUACACACACACACACACAUACAGAAACAGAUAACAGAAUUAACAUCCUCCGUUUGACGAAUAGAAUAUGAUUACAACUUCCAUUUACCCUCGAUGUCGGACAUUGUAUGCCCAGUUUAGUGAUGUCAAAUUGGUGCAGUAAAAAGGGUGGUAAUUCUGUCUCUGUUUUUUGUGUGUGAGAUUUGGGACUGAUUCUGUUCUGUAAGUUACUUUGACUUGAAGUCUAUUUAUCAACACGUCUUACCAGUUUAUUGUGGGUCCUUCCUUGCUGCCUCCCUCUAGAGUGCCCCUUUAUAUACGAAUAUACACAAAACGCAAUACUAAACGUGUAUAUCUAGUUAUAUAUAAUAUCCUUAUAUCAGUAUGUCUAUUUUAUUGCACUUGAAUAGUUCAACAGCUAAACGUAUGAUGUAAAAACCAUUUUGGUGGAUGAAUGCAUGAGUCAUUUUUCAUAUGUGUAUUGUCUUUAGUGUCCUAAGAAAGCGGGAGGCCUCAUGUCCCAGCUCUCUGCUCUGCUAUGUGGGAAUUAUUAAUUAGGUUAUGUUAAACCACUGGCCACCAGCACUCUGCAGUGAUCAUCCAGUUUAGCCCCCCCACACAGCCAUUGUGUGAAUGAAAUGUGAGCUAUAAGAAGAUAGCAUCUCCAGCAUGGGGAGUUAUAGAGGUCAACACCUUUGAGUAUGUGUAUGUGUGCGCGCGUGUAUGUUUGUAUGUGUGUGUGUACUGUAUGUGUAUGUUUGUAUGUGUGUGUACUGUAUGUGUAUGUUUGUAUGUGUAUGUUUGUAUGUGUGUGUGUGUGUACUGUAUUUGUAUGUGUGUGUACUGUAUGUGUAUGUUUGUAUGUGUGUACUGUAUUUGUAUGUGUGUGUACUGUAUGUGUGUGUGUGUGUGUACUGUAUGUGUGUGUGUGUGUGUGUGUGUGUACUGUAUGUGUGUGUGUACUGUAUGGGUAUGUUUGUAUGUGUGUGUGUACUGUGUUUGUAUGUAUGUGUGUGUGUGUACUGUAUGUGUAUAUGUGUGUGUACUGUAUGUGUAUGUUUGUAUGUGUGUGUGUGUGUUUGUAUGUAUGUAUGUAUGUAUGUGUGUGUGUGUGUGUGUGUGUGUGUGUGUGUGUGUGUGUGUGUGUGUGUGUGUGUGUGUGUGUACUGUAUGUGUAUAUGUGUGUGUACUGUAUGUGUAUGUUUGUAUGUGUGUACUGUAUGUGUAUGUUUGUAUGUGUGUGUGUGUGUGUACUGUAUGUGUGUGUGUGUGUGUGUACUGUAUGUGUGUGUGUACUGUAUGGGUAUGUUUGUAUGUGUGUGUGUACUGUGUUUGUAUGUAUGUGUGUGUGUGUACUGUAUGUGUAUAUGUGUGUGUACUGUAUGUGUAUGUUUGUAUGUGUGUGUGUGUGUUUGUAUGUAUGUAUGUAUGUAUGUGUGUGUGUGUGUGUGUGUGUGUGUGUGUGUGUGUGUGUGUGUGUGUGUGUGUGUGUGUGUGUGUGUGUGUACUGUAUGUGUAUAUGUGUGUGUACUGUAUGUGUAUGUUUGUAUGUGUGUGUGUGUGUACUGUAUGUGUAUGUUUGUAUGUGUAUGUGUACUGUGUUUGUAUGUAUGUGUGUGUGUGUGUGUAUGUACUGUAUGUGUAUAUGUGUGUGUACUGUAUGUGUAUGUUUGUAUGUAUGUGUGUGUGUGUGUGUGUGUGUGUGUGUGUGUGUACUGUAUGUGUAUAUGAGUGUAUACUGUAUGUGUAUGUUUGUAUGUGUGUGUUGUGGUAAACCGUGGGAUGUUGGGUGGAGCGUGCAGAGAUUGACACAGAGACAGGGAGGCUUUAGUCCGCAAAAACAACUUUACUAAGACAGAAAAUAAAUAUAUCAAAGAAAUAACUUAGGUUUUGCUCGGUCUUCCUUCUCUUUCUUAACUGGUGUCCGUCUCUCUCUCUUCUCUCCCGGUGUGUGCCAUCGUGCUCCUUAUAUUUCGCCUCCACAGCUGGUUGGCACUUUCCUCUAAUUACCUCCACUUAGCUGUCCGUGUCGGGGGCCCAGCUCCCGUAUUCCCAGCAGAGGGAGCCAACGUUGCCUCACGUACCUCCCCUCUAUUACCAUUCUCCGGGGUAGACCUCCUGGGAUACCACAGUGUGUACUGUAUGUGUAUGUUUGUAUGUGUGUAUGUUUGUAUGUGUGUGUGUACUGUAUGUGUAUGUUUGUAUGUGUGUAUGUACUGUAUGUGUAUGUUUGUAUGUGUGUGUGUACUGUAUGUGUAUGUUUGUAUGUGUGUGUGUACUGUAUGUGUAUGUUUGUAUGUGUGUAUGUGUGUGUGUACAGUAUGUGUUUGUUUGUAUGUGUGUGUGUACAGUAUGUGUUUGUUUGUAUAACAAAAUUCAAUUUUCAAGAAAAAUGUCAUACUGUAGGUUUGGAAGUUGCAUAUGCAAUGUGCAAUAUUCAUUAGAGUGACACAUCAGACACAUUCUUCACAUUAAACAGGACUCUUUUGUUAUAACCACUUGAAUUGCACAUCAGUCAUGAAUUGGAUCAGUCUUCCAUUACAUGAAUAUACAUCGUUCUUACAGUGCACACAUGGUUUGUGUUCACAGCUGUGUUCCUCCAGCUCAAGGGCUAGGUCUUUUUGCAUGUACAUCACAUAUAUUUCAUGUUUCUGGACAUUUAAAAAAAUAAGAUGAUGUUAUUUUAUUUUGUAUUGAUUUGCGCUGGUUUGUGUUUUUCUUGUGAAGACGAGAUGCUUAUGGUUCUGUGGAUAAGGACAUAUGGAGAGUUUGUUUUUGUUUCUAUGUUUGUUUAAACUUAUAUUCCAAAAUGUCUGACUGACUUCAUCAGUUUGUACAUGGCUUGUUACUGCUGUGAUAGCCUUCAAACUGAGAUGCACUGACUCUAACAUUUCUGAUUACAUUGACCAGAAUGUCUGUAUGGCUGUUUUGGUAAUACCGGUCAUUUGUUUGAUUUUGGUAGGAUUCUCUGCCAUUCCAUUGCUUUAAACAGGGGAGUACAACAGAUCAACCAACCUUGGAGUUGGAGGCUGUACUCUAACUAUAAACAUCUACAAUUGAGCGUUUAGGAAUUUGCUGUAGCAUGGUUGUCAAUGUGCUGUUGCACAGAUACCCUGGAUGUGCUGCUGACUUGAUUAGGUACACAUAAUAAGAAAAGCCCAUCCAUCAGUUGAGGGAUCUGUGGAUCUGAGCGAGCGCUGCUGAACCCAGGCACCUUGCCUUGGCUGUGACAUUGUGCCAAUGCGACUGAUCCUGCUACGACAUCAUAGCAACACUUUCAGAACACUAGACUCUAUCUGUUCACUCAAAUGAAGGAUUGUGUUGACUUUUAGGGCCUAUUCUUCUCUGUCAGUAUUGUAUAUCAAUACAUUCUCCUUCAUUUGGGUUAAAGUGGUGCCUCGGUAAUAUCAUCAUCAAGACUGACAGUAAUACUAUGUUUUGUUUGAUAGAUGUGCUGUAUAAUGCAUGUUGAGGUAUAUAGGAGUGAUUGAACAAAGUAAAGUGACUCCAUGCUGAACAUGCAUGCUGCAUGUAGCCUACCAAUAGUCGUUGUUUUUGAGCAGUGCUAGUGCUACCUAUUCCUUAUCAUUCCUGCUCCACUCUGUCACGCUUCAUUUCACUCUUAAUCUGGUCAGAUAAUCCAAAACAGGUCCCCUUCUUUAUCCUCUCUUUGUAGUUCCACCUUAUGUCAACCCUCUGUCUUUUGCUCUUUCUCUCUCUCUCUCUCUCUCUCUCUCACACACACACACACACACACACACACACACACACACAUACACACACACACACACAUCAUCCAUGCUUUCUGUUACGAUAUGUCAGGUGAGGAAAGACUAUGGUAUGUGCUUAGUUCCACAGUUACUUUACACUAUAAUAUUAUCAGGGUUUUAUCCAUGUGACCCACAUAUUGCCAUGUUGUACCACAAGCCAUUUUUCCGCAUGAGCCCAUUCCAUUCACAAUUCAAUCUACAAGUAAAUGUGUAUACUAUCCAUGGUGUGUGUAGCCACGCACUUACAGAUAUGUGGAUAUAUUCCUGAUGGCAAAAUGAAUGCUUUUCUUUGCUACAUACAAGAUUAAUCCUGCCACAUUCCCUCCAACCAAAGAUAUUCAUGAGCAUUUUUUAUAGUAUGAAAAAAAACGUGCUGCAACUGCCAGACCACAGAUCUUUCUGAGAGAAAGGAUUUCAUUUAAAACAUGUUUCAGAAUGAUGUGUGAAUGUCAUUUCAUGAGCAGUCCUAUUCUUACAUAAUGAUACACACAGAAGGAGCAUGUUUCACUAAAUGACAACAGUGCCUCUUGGUGGACAGAUCGUGUUGUUCCCCAGUGUCACCUGUUAUAUAAUAAUAUCUCCAUAUAUCCCUUUUUAAGUGAUCAUUUGGAAAUUUCUUCAAAAAGCAAUAGAUUUAUUUCCUGUGUGGCUGUUUUUAUUCUUGGAAUGGCUGCAACAAAUGUAUAGUAACAUAAAUAAUCAAGAGCGUGAGGAAGAAGACACAAAGAACAUGGAAAUAUUACAUUCACAUAUAGAUAUACUUAUGUUUGCUAAUGCAAAAGAUUGAACAAAGAUUGAACAAUAGAAACAUAACGAUUUUGUUUUCAAAAAUAUAAAGUAUUUUUAUUGUUAUUUUGUUGUAAAGAGGAAAUAAUGUAUUAGCUUUGUAUUGUAUUAAGACAGAGGUGCUACCUGGUAGGUUUUCGACCUGUAAUCUCAGAAUUCUGAGUGAGACUGAAGAAAACUUGACGAUUGACAUACCAAGUAGCAUUUUUUUUUCUAAGUCUGACCCCUUCUUUCUCUGUCUUGUUUUCAACCUUGCAGUAUUGAAUGGUUGCCCUGUUGAAACUCUUUCUCAGUCAUUGUCUACUGGUUACUCUUUUAGGUGAACAGUGCAUGUCUUUAUAUAGGCACCAAGAUGAUGAGAUGAAGAAGGGCAUCCUCUUCUGGUAUUGGUUUGAUCAGUUACACUGAUUCAAUAGAAAGCUGCAUAUUUACAGUAACUGCAAAGGAUUUAUCCCCAAACAGCACAAUACUUGCCUGUGUCCACUGCAUGUGGAAACUAGUGUGAACUAUUUAUUUCAAACUCACUUCUAAGCAGCAAGACAGCUUUUCACUAAAGGUCCUCCUGAAAAAUAAUAUAAAAAUGUUAUGUCCCUGAAAAUCUUGAAUCAGACAGACAGCUUAUUAAAAACGAUCUAAGGCAGAACUCCUUUGAAACACUUUGGGAUAGUCUCACCCAAAAUGAAUUGGCUGAUAAUUUUUUUUUUUUUUUGCUGUAUGUAUAUUAUUGUAUGUAUAUAAUGUUUUUGCUGUAUGUAUAUUAUUUUAUGUAUAUAAUUUUUUUGCUUAUGUUCAUUGUAAAAAAAAAAGAGAGAAAUCAAUAAAUGUGAUUGACAGAAACAACCUGA